AUGGAUGAUAAUCACGGUGAUUCGUCGGAAAACCAACCGCAAUCUCAACCCUCGGCUUUUGAACAAGCGUCAUUAUCAGAUUACGGCGGUGAUGUUGUUGAUUAUAGCCCGCAUUUUCAGACUAGAGAAGUUUUCCCGACCUAUCAAGCAGCUGUUGAUUGGGCUAGAGAAAUUGCCACUCCAUUAGGGUUCUUUUUGACAAAUUCAUCGUAUAAGAAACAAAGAAAUGGGCUUCCAAUUAAUUACAUGAAAUGUGAUCGGGGGGAGAGAAACAGAGGGGAAAAUCGGGACCGUGAAAAUGCCACACGGAAGAACACGAAGAGCAAGGGUUGUAAAUCCAAGCCGCGUCACAUUAUGGAAGCCGUGAAAGAGAAGUUUCCGAAUGAAAGCCCUAACAAGAGACAUAUCUACAAUGUGAGAAGUCGUGCUCGUCUAGAUGCUUGUGAAGGUCGAGAUGUUGCGCACCAGUUUGUUCACUUGGCAAAUGAGUACAAGUAUGUCACUUGGAUAAAUGUUGAUCCAGAUAUCCGUGCUAUCACCCAUGCUUUUUUGGCCCACCCAGAGAUGGCUAAUAUGUUACGUACGUAUCCACAUGUCAUUGGGAUGGAUUCUACGUACAAGACCAACAGAUAUAACAUGCCAUUCUUCGAGCUCGUUGGUGUCACGCCUACAAAUCAAAACUUUUUGAUCGGAUAUGCCAUAUUAAAGAGCAAAACUUAUGAAAGCUACAAGUGGGUUUUAGAGAAAUUGCAGUUGUACAUUGGAUUUGAGGUGGCUCCGAAUGUUUUUGUUACUGAUUGUGAGUUGGGGUUGAUGAAGGCUUUGAAAGAGGUCUUUCCAAAUUGUGCGCAUUUAUUUUGCGGGUGGCACAUUAACAAGGAUGUAUUGGGAAGGGCGCACAUUUUGUGUGGGAAGGAUAUGUUGAUAGCCGAGAGAUUUCGAAAUGGUAGAUGGAGAAGAGUAAUGUAUUCGACCACUAUUGCCGAGUAUGAGUUAGAGUUGCAAACUAUGAAAGCGACAUGGGGAGCAUCGAACCCACCACUGGUGAAAUACGUCGAGGAUCAAUGGUUGGUCUACAAGGAGAAAUUUGCGCGAGUUUGGACGAAUUUGGUGAUGCACUUCGGCAAUGUCAACACAUGUAGAGUAGAGAGCCAACAUUCCGUACUUAAACAAUGGUUUGACAGUGCUACAGGAGCAUUAGACACUAUCUUCCGUCGUGUGCACAGCAACAUUGAGGGUAUGCUAAUUGAGAUUUGUCACCAUUUAGAGGACUCGAGACGGCGAAUGGGGUCACAACACAACAUCAUGCCUUUGCUUCAUCUUAACGGCUUUAUGUCAUUUCGAGGUCUUGAUAUUUUACAGGAUGAGUUGAAGAGGAUGAGAGAGUUAUCUGAUGAUGUGUUGGAUAAGUGUGGGUGUGCGUUGCUGACGACGCACGGUCUCCCAUGUGCAUGCACCAUGUGGACAACAAUUCUUGUAGGGACAGGGUUGUAUUUGGAUCAGGUCCAUCCAUUUUGGAAAACACUAGUGAUCGGUGAGGGCGUUGACAUUCCCGUUUUUGCUGAUGAGUCGGAGCUGGAUGCAGCCUUGUUUAGGUCUUUGGUCGAUGAGGUCUUAGAUCGUGAUCCAAGCUUUGUGCGGGGUAUCAACCGGGUCCUAUUUGAGGAGCUACACCGAGAUCAGACUGAUUUUACUGAUCCAGAGGUCAACGAGACAACAAGGGGUCGACCACCGACAGGUCAAUGGUCUACGUCUACUAGGCGUAAUCGCAGCAGAUUUGAACAUAUUUUGGGUUCUCGUGGCCAUCGAGGGAAUGAUUUGAACUUGGAGGAAUUCGCAUAUUUGGAUAAAGUUCCAGCCUUCAUGCUUCCAUUUCUACGAGGGUGGAGUGAUCCGCUUGGUGAUGGUAACUGUGGAUUUCGAUGUGUUGCAGGUUUUUUCAUAGGUGACCAGCAUGAAUGGAUAUUAGCUCGACGAUCGAUUGCAAAUGAGGUUGGUCAUCAUCGAGACAUUUAUUCUCGAGUGUAUAGAGUUGAACAAUUAGAUGUUGCAAUCAACCGUAUCACAUGGACUGGAGGGAGGUGCGACACAGAUCAUUGGAUGGUUGCUUUUGAUGACUUGUUUCCGAUUGCUAACUUUUAUAAUGCCGCUGUCAUGUGUUUUGGUGUUGGUAUAGAUGGUCGUGGUGUGUUCCCAUGCAUCACUGUGCUACCUUGGACUGCUCCGUCAACAGCAACUGGUCCGUAUAGGGAGUUUUGCAUACUGUCUUUAAGGUGGCAUUUUGUGCGAUUAGAGUUUGAAGAUAAUUUUCCAGUUCCUCCUAUUGCUACUACUUGGUUCGAUAUACGUGACGAUACCAUUACAGGUUGGGAGGAUCGUUAUCAACAUAGGCGCGCUACUUGGAACACUCUAGCUAAUAGUCAAUGA